CAAAAUUUAAUGCGCUGCGCGACGGCAGCCGCCCUCGACGCGAAACCGCCUCCACGCACCGCCGGGCAGCCAAGAAUCACUCGGGCGCGUCCACUGCUUGCAGCCGGGCAGCCCUACCGAUUGACCGGUGAGCUCCCACGCCAUCUAACACACACCCGGUACCAUGAACGAAGCGCGCCGCCAGGCGGCCCGGCCCGGUGAUUUUGGAGGCGGCCCUGAUGGCGGCCGCAAGCUGCCCAACGAGGUCAAGGCCAUGGCGCGGCAGAUGGGCAUCAGUGCCAAAGAAUUAAGUGAGGUCGGCGACACGAUGUGGGCUCGUCUCACGGAACUGUCCGAGAAAGAUCCAGUCGCGUACGCCGAGCUCAUGAAGGAAUCCGCCAAACACGUCGCGAAGAACGCCGGGGAAGAGCUCGCCGAGGAGCCGGACGACGCCAAGGCCAACGAGUUGAUGAACCGCGUCCUCAGUCCUUCCGUGUUGACGCCUGUUCCUGGGUUUGUCGUCAAGUGUCAGCUUAAGUAUGGAGGUGGCAAGGUCAUGGUCAAUAUCUGUUCGCAUCAAGCCGUCGUGCCGCCGAACGAUCAACGAGGCAAGGACGCUACUAAAUACAAGGCAGGAAUUUCGCCUAGAGGGCUGCAGAUCCCGCUGGUCGUCGGUCGCGUGCGUUCGUGCGCGGUGGCCGGCAAGGCGUCGAACACGGUGGCCGAGGGCAAGGCCGUCGAUGUCUUGGUGCACCCGUGGGUCAUGGACCAGAUCAACGGAGAGGGUCCGCGCGGCGGCCCCUGGCGCGCGGAGAUCGCGGCGCUCGCGGUCAGCUGGGUCGCGAAGGAGACGAAAUUACCUCUGGAUUCAGGAUGGAAGCACAUCAACUCCAAGUAUAAAGGAGGGUUAGGGAAGAAGAGCGACGAGCCGGUACCUUUUGAUAUCGAAGAAGCGCAGCAGCAAUCGAAGCCGCCGGACGAGCGGAAGAAAUCAGUGGAGAAGAAGAUCGAGAAGCCCGAAGGUGUGGCGGCGUCGCCCGCGCAAUUACUCAAGCGCGCGAGGGAUCUGGCCUCGAAGGAAGAAAAGGAGAACCAUGUGUCAUUGAAACUGCCCACUCAAAAGAAAUCAUCGAAGAAGCCGCUCGUGCAAGAAGUAGACAAGGACGGCGCCGUCGUCGAGUGCACCGAUGAGGGCUUCGACAUCUCCGACGACAUCGACAAGAGCGAGCGGAAGAAGAAGCCCGCCGUCAAGAAGGGCUUCUUGAGGACCGCAAAAGCGCGGAAGGCGGCCUUGUAUCCUUCGGGAUCGGAGCAGGGCGAGUCCCAGAAGGAAGGGACGUAUUCUCGGUUCAUGUCGAAAUGCAAGGUCGUCGACACGACGACGAUGUCCAAGGAGGAGGUCGACGCCGCGACGCGCCAGUACGCCGGCACGGGCACGGUCUCGCAGCCGCCGCAGGUGCGUGAAUCAGCGUCGUUGCGAUGCCGCACCGCCGCGAUGCCCUCUCCAUGAUCAUCAGAGAGUCUACACGUCUCGUGAGUGAAUGGAGACAGUUUCGCGACACCAUCGUUCGACACAGGCACCUCCGCUGCCGUCGAAGAAUACGACGGCGAAGCCGCCCGCGCCACCCUCCAAAGCCUUCGACGGGGCCAAGAAGGGCUUCCUCAACUCCAGCAAAAGUAGCCUGUACGACGAGAAUGAGUCGAAAAAACGUACUCCGGAGUACGAGCCCGAGUUCGACGCCGCGAUGGCCGAGCUCGACCCCGAGUUCUCGAACGCCCACAAGAAUGAAGAUGUCGGGAACGACGAGGACGACACGAUCGCGCAGCUGCGCGACUUCGCGGCGAAGGUCGACUGGGCGUCGUCGGACUUUUCGAAGCCGCUUCAUCCCGCGAGGGACUCCACGAAGCACGACCACUCGCAGCGCCCGAAGCCGGCCGUGGAGACCGAGGUCAAAAAAGCGCCCGGUUCGCGAAAGCAGGACCCCGGCGAAUUGCAGCGAGGCUUCAUGGCCCGCGACGCGGAACGGAGCGCCGCGAAGGCGGCCGUGCGGGCCGCCAGGGCCGAGACCUUUUCCUGUAAAGUGGAUCGCACCGACGACGGCCGCGUCCGCGUCGUCGCGGAUUUGUCCGGUGUGGCCAGCUUCGCGGACGUCGACCUCGACGUCGCGGCGAAGACGCUGCGCGUGCGCGAGAAAUGUGGGCGAAGGCGCGCUGCACGUGUGGAGCUCCCGUGCGAUGUCGACGCCGCAUCAGCUUCGGCGAAGUUCUCGAAGAAGCGGGGGCAGCUCACGGUUGUGUUGAGUCCGUCGGCAGACUAAGAUUAGCGAAUCAUACAGCACUUACAGGGGCGAGGAAGGGAGGGA